CUUUUUCUUUCCUCUUCUAUUUCCCGACGAAUGGGACAUGGACAAAGCUCGAUUCCUAAUGGGGCCGCUUCACCACUUCGGUCCACCGCCGACGCGAACGCCGCUCUCUAGCUCCGCUCGUCCUUGUUCCAUGAUCUUUCGGAGGCUCCUCACCUCCCUUGCUCGAUCGCAGACCGCUCCAUUCCCCGGUCUUCCUCGGCCUAUCUCCCCUCCCGCUAUCUCGAGGAACACCGUCCUGAGCCGGUUGGGGUUCUUUGCGAGACGUAGGGAGGGCAUUAGGUCUCUUCUCAUGUCCUUGUCCUCCCUUGCAGAGGAAGCGAAACGCACUCCCUUUGUUCCUCUUCCGCCUUCCACUGCCGAUAAGGCUGGCUUGUUCAAGCGACUUGAAGCCAUGCUAGGUUCGCCUUUCAGUUCUGAUCCUUUUUCUCCGCCGCCAAAUCCCUUAAUUCUUGUUAUUAGUGGACCAAGUGGUGUUGGUAAAGAUGCAGUUAUCAAAAGGCUACUUGAAGUUCGGGAUGGGCUUCAUUUUGUUGUUACAGCAACCAGCCGUCCACAACGACCAGGUGAAGUUGAUGGAAAGGACUACUAUUUUGUCAGCAAAGAGGAGUUUCUCUCGAUGAUUGAAAGGGAUGAGCUUUUAGAACAUGCUAUUGUUUAUGGCGAUUACAAAGGAAUUCCUAAGAAGCAGAUUCGCGAUUACCUGGCUAAAGGGUUUGACAUUGUAUUGAGGGUGGAUAUACAAGGUGCUGCUACAUUGAGGUCAGUACUGGGUGAUUCAGCAGUGUUCAUCUUCCUGGUUGCAGAGAGUGAAGAAGCAUUAGUCAAGAGGCUUGUAUCUCGUAAGACAGAAACCCCAGAAAUGCUUCUUAUUAGAGUUGCAACCGCUAGAGAGGAGGUUAGGCAUAUGAAAGAAUUUGACUAUGUUGUCACAAAUGCUGAAGGGAAGCUCGACAAUGCAGUGAAACUUGUAGAGUCUAUCAUCGAUGCUGAGAAGGCUAGAAUCCAUAGCCGCAACAUUAGGAUCUAGUUCCAGAGGUUUGGCAUCAUUUGGUUUGUUUUAAAUUUCAUUCUCUAUUCUGGACUCGAUUUUUUCCAUCCCAUAUUUCAUCCAUGGUAUAGAUCCCAAUGAUGUUAUUUAACAUGAGUGUUCGACUAAGAAUUUGACAUACUUUUUUUCGUAGUUGAUGCGAACAAUUACUAGUGAUUUGGUUUCUUUUAGCAUAA